UCCUUCCUCUUAGAUUUGAAUAGAUGCGUCGUUGCCCUGUUUCGGUCCCAACUCAGUGCGCUGUCUGAAAAGCAGUGAGCGGCACAGCAGCCAGAAGAACCGACUGAGGACGAAAGAGAUAAAGACGGACGACAAGUGUAACCCUCCGAGCCCAGAGAUCAGCUUCCUCACUACGUCUCUCAGUUUCAGGUUCCUCUACUGAUUCACGCUUCAACAUGGCCGCCCCACCGAUCACUGCAGAGGAGCUGGAGGAUCUUAGAGAAGCAUUCACUAAAAUUGAUGUGGACAAUGACGGCAUUAUCAGCAAGGAUGAGCUUGAUGCUGUCCUCAAGGCCGCCAACCUUUCACUGCCGGGCUACAGAGUCAGAGAGAUGAUCCAGGAGCUGAGCAAGAGCAGCGAAGAGCUCAACUUUGAUAAGUUUACUGAAAUUGUCCAUGGACUAAAGAGUGCAGAGGUUGCAAAGACCUUCAAGAAAGCAAUCACCAAGAAGGAGGGCAUCUGUAAUGUGGCAGGAACCUCAGAGCAGACUGGCACUCAGCACUCUUACUCAGAGGAGGAAAAGGUAGCCUUUGUGAACUGGAUCAAUAAAGCUCUGGAGAAGGAUCCAGACUGCAAACAUGUUCUGCCCAUGGAUCCUAACACCAACGACCUGUUCACCGCCAUGGGAGAUGGGAUCGUUCUCUGUAAAAUGAUCAACCUGUCUGUAGCCGACACCAUCGAUGAGAGAACAAUCAACAAGAAAAAGCUCACACCCUUCACCAUCCAGGAGAACCUGAACCUGGCCCUGAACUCGGCAUCAGCCAUUGGCUGCCAUGUGGUGAACAUUGGAGCUGAGGACCUGAAGGAGGGCAGGCAGCACCUGGUCCUGGGUCUGCUGUGGCAGGUCAUCAAGAUCGGGCUGUUCGCUGACAUUGAGCUCAGCAGGAAUGAAGCUCUGAUCGCUCUGCUGCGGGACGGAGAGAGUCUUGAGGAUCUGAUGAAACUUUCCCCCGAGGAGCUGCUGUUGCGUUGGGCCAACUAUCACCUGGAGGAGGCGGGCUGUGGCAAGAUCAACAACUUCAACAACGACAUCAAGGAUUCGAAGGCGUACUACAACCUGCUGAACCAGGUGGCACCCAAAGGAGACGAAGAGGGAAUUCCCCCCAUUGCCGUUGACAUGUCAGGACUCAGGGAGAAAGACGACCUGAAGCGAGCGGAGCUCAUGCUGGACCAGGCCGACCGGCUCGGGUGCAGACAGUUCGUUAUGCCCACAGAUGUCGUCCGCGGCAACCCUAAGCUCAACUUGGCUUUUGUUGCCAAUCUGUUUAACAAAUACCCGGCUCUGAAGAAGCCAGAGAACCAGGACAUCGACUGGAGCUCCAUCGAAGGUGAAACCAGAGAGGAGCGCACCUUCAGGAACUGGAUGAACUCACUGGGAGUCAACCCUCGUGUCAACCAUCUCUACGCAGACAUCGACGACGCCUUGGUGAUCUUUCAGCUGUACGAGAAGAUCAAAGUACCAGUGGACUGGGACAGAGUCAACAAACCUCCCUACCCUAAACUGAGCAGCAACAUGAAGAAGCUGGAGAACUGUAACUACGCCGUGGAGCUGGGAAAGAAGGAGGCCAAGUUCUCUCUGGUCGGCAUUGCGGGUCAGGAUCUGAACGAAGGGAAUCGAACCCUCACCCUCGCUCUGCUCUGGCAGCUCAUGAGGAGGUACACCCUGAAUAUCUUGGAGGACCUUGGCGAUGGGCAAAAGGUGAUCGAUGAGACCAUCGUGUCCUGGGUCAACGACAACCUGACAAGGGCCGGAAAAUCCACAAUCUCCAGCUUUAAGGACCGGUCCAUUAGCACCAGCAUGCCAGUUCUUGACCUGAUUGAUACCAUCCAGCCUGGAUCCAUCCGGUACGACCUGCUGAAGACCGAAGACCUGACUGACGAGGAGAAACUCAACAACGCAAAGUACGCCAUCUCCAUGGCCAGGAAGAUCGGCGCCCGGGUGUAUGCGCUCCCCGAGGACUUGGUGGAAGUCAAGCCUAAGAUGGUGAUGACGGUGUUCGCCUGCCUCAUGGCUCGUGGCCUGAGGGCCUAAAACCACAAUCACUUCCUGUCUGUGAAGAGGGGACCUCUAAGGCUAGCAGCCAAAGGAAAUGAGUUGCUAAUGCAGAGGCUCCACUCACAAGUUGUGGCUUUAGACUGUAACUUUUUAAUGACCAGAAAUAUUGGAUUUAUGAUGGCAAUACGGCUGUGGGACACAUUUUGUAACAUCUGCUGGUGAUUGAUGUCUUUCACUCAUGUUUCUCUUAAAUGUACAAUAGAAAACUGUUUUAUUCAAACCCAAGAAGCUGAAAUAAUCCCAAGGGUCAAGUUAAACCUCACCUAAAGAGUUGCUUUAAAAUCACACAGGUGUGACUUUAAAUGAGUUUUUACAUGAAAAUAUGAAUAUUCGAAAAAGGAUCUGUACCAGUCUUGAUUUUCAAAGUGUUUAAGUCAGCUACAAAGAUUUCUACCUCCAGCAAAUAAACUAAGGGGAAAAAGUUCAAAGUGUUUCACUGCAGACCUUUAGCUUCAGUGUCUGUUACAGUAGCUGAUCCACAACUCACAGAAGAGGACAAAUAAACAGGUACAACCAGGAAACAAGCACAAAAAUGGUCUGCUAAAAAAAAAAAAGAAAAGAAGAGAAAGGUUUUGAAGGCAGCUGAUUGGAGGUUAAAUGUCCAUCUUUGUUGCUGUAUUAAUUUUCCACUUUUCCUCAAUCAUCUUUUAACUGCGAACAUUAGCAAAAAAAUAGUUAUUUUUCCACUAAGACUUAGCCGGAGCAUACAUACAAUCCACAUUAUAUCACAAAGAGUUUUAUUUUCUAUGCAGAGCUGCAACAUUUCCCAUUUCAUUGUUCAAAUUUCUGUGAAACCAUAAGUGAUCAGUGUAACACAGCCAUCUGAUUACAAAUCAAAAUGUUUAUAUGUGAUGUUUGCAAGCAAUAAACCAACAAUUUUUUU